GUGGUAGAUUUUGGAUGUGCUGAAUGUAAAAUAUUAACUUUGAUAAAAACUGUGAAAUCAUUAGAGAAGAUAUUAUUGGUUGACAUAGAUGACAAGCUUCUACAGAGUCGAGAAUACUGUAUCCGUCCAUCAUUGGAGGAAUUUCUUCAUCACCGUGACAACCCAUUACAUAUUCAGUUACUAGCAGGAAGUGCAGCCAUAUUGGAUGAGAGGAUUAUGGGAGUAGAAGCUGUUACGUUAGUUGAAGUUAUAGAACAUCUAACAGACGAUAUUUUAACAGAAGUAACAGAGAAUAUCUUUAAUAACCUCCAUCCAAGACUAGUCAUAAUAACUACACCAAACUCUGAUUUCAAUGUAUUGUUUCCUAAUUUUACUGGCUGUAGACAUUGGGAUCACAAGUUUGAAUGGAGUAGAAAACAGUUUCAGCAUUGGUGUGAUACAGUUUGUUGCAAGUAUAACUAUACAGUAGAAAUAACUGGUAUAGGUGAACCUCCUGAACACAGUCAACAUGUUGGUUUCUGUUCUCAAGCUGCCAUCUUUACUUCCCUUGAAACCAACAGGCAGUCAACUCAAAUACCUACUGUCAAUUAUAAACUGGUUUGUUUUGACUUAUACUUCUAA